CUGCUUGAGCAGGAAGGGGGACGCGAGCAGUGCGUGUGUGACGGCUGCGCAGCAGGUGACAGGCAGACUUCUGGGAUGAAAAACCAGAUCAAAGAAGUCUGCAGCUGGAGACAUUUAUCUGGAAGGAUCUGGACAUUAAGGAUUUCAGAGUGUUUGGGGAGGCUGCUGCUGCUGAGAGUUUAGGAGGCCUGCAUUUUUUCGCCAUGCCAAUUUGCCAGUGACCUCAACUUCUUUUUUUGUAGGGAUUUGCUGUAAAAUGGGACUUUUGCUUUUAUUCACUGGACUGUGGCUGUUUUCCUUAGUAAAGGCAGAUUCAAAAGCCAUUACAACCUCUCUUACAACAAAAUGGUUUUCUACUCCAUUGUUGUUAGAAGCCAGUGAGUUUUUAGCAGAAGACAGUCAAGAGAAGUUUUGGAAUUUUGUAGAAGCCAGUCAAAAUAUUGGAUCAUCAGAUCACCAUGGUACUGAUUAUUCCUAUUAUCAUGCAAUAUUGGAAGCUGCAUUUCAGUUUCUGUCACCUCUACAGCAGAAUUUGUUGAAAUUUAGUCUGUCUCUCCAUUCCUAUUCUGCUACAAUUCAGGCCUUCCAGCAGAUAGCUGCCGAUGAACCUCCACCAGAAGGAUGUAAUUCAUUUUUUUCAGUGCAUGGAAGGAAGACCUGUGAUUUUGAUACCCUUGAGACUCUUCUGCUAACAGCACCUGAGAGACCCAAACCCUUAUUGUUUAAAGGCGAUCACAGAUACCCCUCAUCUAAUCCUGAGAGUCCAGUGGUGAUUUUCUACUCUGAGAUUGGUUAUGAGGCAUUUUAUAAUUUCCACCGCCAGCUUAUAUCAAAAAGCAAUGCAGGCAAAAUCAAUUACAUAUUCAGACAUUAUAUAUCUAAUCUCAGAAAAGAGCCUGUUUAUCUCUCUGGCUAUGGUGUGGAACUGGCCAUUAAGAGCACUGAGUACAAGGCCAAGGAUGAUACUCAGGUGAAAGGAACUGAAGUAAACACGACAGUGAUUGGUGAAAAUGAUCCUAUUGAUGAAGUUCAAGGAUUUCUCUUUAGAAAAUUAAGAGACCUGCAUCCAGACCUGAAGGGACAAUUGAAAGAACUUAGAAAGCAUCUUGUGGAGAGUACCAAUGAGAUGGCACCUUUAAAAGUCUGGCAAUUGCAAGAUCUAAGUUUCCAGACGGCUGCCCGAAUAUUGGCUGCUCCUACUGAAUUAGCUUUGGUUGUUAUGAAAGAUCUUAGUCAAAAUUUUCCUACUAAAGCCAGAGCCAUAACAAAAACAGCUGUGAGUUCAGAACUUAGAAGUGAAGUGGAAGAAAAUCAGAAGUAUUUCAAGGGAACUUUAGGAUUACAGCCUGGAGAUUCAGCACUAUUCAUCAAUGGACUUCAUAUUGAUUUAGAUACGCAGGAUAUAUUCAGUCUGUUUGAUGUAUUGAGAAAUGAAGCUCGGGUCAUGGAGGGUCUACAUAGACUGGGAAUAGAAGGUCUUUCUCUGCAUAACAUUUUGAAACUGAACAUCCAGCCCUCUGAGGCUGAUUAUGCUGUAGACAUCAGGAGUCCUGCUAUUUCGUGGAUCAACAAUCUGGAGGUUGAUGCCAGAUACAAUUCAUGGCCUUCCAGUCUGCAAGAGUUGCUUCGACCCACCUUUCCUGGUGUUAUCCGGCAGAUCAGGAAAAACUUGCAUAACAUGGUUUUCAUAGUUGAUCCAGCUCAUGAGACCACAGCAGAGUUGAUUAACACAGCUGAGAUGUUCCUCAGUAAUCAUAUACCACUAAGAAUUGGUUUAAUCUUUGUGGUUAAUGAUUCUGAAGAUGUGGAUGGGAUGCAAGAUACUGGUGUGGCUAUUAUGAGAGCAUAUAAUUAUGUUGCCCAAGAAGCGGAUGAUUAUCAUGCCUUCCAAACUCUGACACAUGUAUAUAACAAAGUAAGGACUGGAGAAAAGGUAAAAGUUGAACAUGUGGUCAGUGUCUUGGAGAAGAAGUAUCCAUAUGUAGAGGUGAAUAGCAUUUUGGGGAUUGAUUCUGCUUAUGAUCGGAAUCGGAAGGAAGCAAGAGGCUAUUACGAGCAGACUGGACUUGGUCUAUUGCCUGUCGUUCUGUUCAAUGGAAUGCCCUUGGAAAAAGAACAGCUAGAUCCUGAUGAGUUGGAAACCAUCACAAUGCACAAAAUCCUGGAGACCACAACCUUCUUCCAAAGAGCAGUGUACUUGGGUGAACUGUCCCAUGAUCAAGAUGUGGUAGAGUAUAUCAUGAAUCAGCCGAAUGUUGUUCCACGAAUCAAUUCUAGGAUUUUGACAGCUGAGCGAGAAUACCUGGAUUUAACAGCAACCAAUAACUUUUUUGUGGAUGAUUAUGCUAGAUUUACUGCCUUAGAUUCUCAAGGCAAGACUGCUGCUAUAGCCAAUAGUAUGAACUAUCUGACAAAGAAAGGAAUGUCCUCCAAGGAAAUCUAUGAUGAUUCUUUUGUUAGGCCAGUAACUUUUUGGAUUGUUGGGGAUUUUGAUAGCCCUCCUGGAAGGCAAUUAUUGUAUGAUGCUAUUAAACAUCAGAAAUCCAGUAACAAUGUUAGAAUAAGUAUGAUCAAUAAUCCUAGUGAAGAUAUAAAUUAUGAGAACACUCAGAUCUCCAGAGCAAUCUGGGCAGCUCUCCAAACGCAGACCUCAAACUCUGCUAAGAACUUCAUCACAAAAAUGGCCAAAGAGGAUACUGCAGAGGCCCUGGCUGCAGGAGCUGAUGUUGGGGAGUUCUCUGUUGGGGGCAUGGAUUUCAGUCUUUUUAAAGAGGUCUUUGAGUCUUCCAAAAUGGAUUUCAUUUUGUCUCAUGCCAUGUACUGCAGGGAUAUUCUGAAGCUGAAGAAGGGACAGAGGGCAGUGAUCAGCAAUGGAAGGAUCAUUGGGCCACUGGAGGAUAAUGAAGUCUUUAAUCAAGAUGAUUUUCAUCUCCUAGAAAAUAUUAUCUUAAAAACUUCGGGGCAGAAAAUUAAAUCUCAUAUUCAACAGCUUCGCAUAGAAGAGGAUGUGGCAAGUGACUUGGUAAUGAAGGUGGAUGCUCUUCUGUCAGCUCAACCAAAAGGAGAUGCAAGAGUUGAGUACCAGUUUUUUGAAGAUAGACACAGUGCAAUUAAACUGAGACCGAAAGAAGGAGAGACGUACUUUGAUGUUGUGGCUGUCAUUGACCCUGUCACCAGAGAAUCACAGAGACUUGCCCCAUUGCUCUUGGUAUUAACUCAACUGAUCAACAUGAAUUUAAGAGUAUUUAUGAACUGCCAAUCUAAACUUUCUGACAUGCCUUUGAAAAGCUUUUACCGUUAUGUUUUAGAACCAGAGAUUUCUUUCACUUCAGACAAUAGCUUUGCAAAGGGUCCAAUAGCCAAAUUUUUGGAUAUGCCUCAGUCUCCUCUGUUCACCCUGAAUUUAAACACACCUGAGAGUUGGAUGGUAGAGUCUGUCAGAACACCAUAUGAUCUGGAUAAUAUUUAUUUAGAAGAGGUGGACGGCAUAGUGGCUGCUGAGUAUGAGCUGGAGUACCUCUUACUAGAAGGUCACUGCUAUGAUAUCACCACAGGCCAGCCUCCACGAGGACUACAGUUUACAUUAGGAACUUCAGCCAACCCAGUCAUUGUGGAUACCAUUGUUAUGGCCAAUCUGGGUUACUUUCAGUUAAAAGCCAACCCAGGAGCUUGGAUUCUCAGACUAAGGAAAGGACGUUCUGAAGAUAUUUAUAGAAUCUAUAGCCAUGAUGGUACAGACUCUCCACCUGAUGCUGGUGAAGUAGUUGUUGUCCUCAAUAACUUCAAGAGCAAAAUAAUUAAAGUGAAGGUUCAAAAGAAGGCGGACAUGGUGAAUGAAGACUUGCUGAGUGAUGGAGCUAAUGAGAAUGAGUCUGGAUUUUGGGACUCCUUCAAAUGGGGCUUCACGGGAGGACAGAGCACUGAGGCAGCAAAGCAAGAUAAAGAUGACAUCAUUAAUAUUUUCUCUGUGGCAUCUGGCCAUCUCUAUGAGAGAUUUCUUCGCAUAAUGAUGUUAUCAGUACUGAAGAAUACCGAGACUCCUGUGAAAUUUUGGUUUCUGAAGAAUUAUUUGUCCCCCACAUUUAAGGAGUUUAUACCUUAUAUGGCAAAUGAAUAUAAUUUCCAAUAUGAGCUCGUUCAAUACAAAUGGCCCCGGUGGCUUCAUCAACAGACUGAAAAGCAGCGCAUCAUCUGGGGUUACAAGAUCCUUUUCCUGGAUGUGCUCUUCCCACUGGUUGUUGACAAAUUCUUGUUUGUAGAUGCUGAUCAGAUCGUAAGAACAGAUCUGAAAGAGCUAAGGGAUUUCAAUUUGGAUGGUGCCCCUUAUGGUUAUACUCCUUUCUGUGAUAGCCGAAAAGAAAUGGAUGGCUACAGGUUCUGGAAAUCAGGGUACUGGGCCAGUCACUUAGCUGGGCGGAAAUACCAUAUCAGUGCACUGUAUGUUGUUGAUCUGAAGAAGUUUAGGAAAAUAGCUGCUGGUGACAGACUCAGAGGACAGUACCAAGGUCUGAGUCAGGAUCCUAACAGCCUUUCAAAUCUUGAUCAAGAUUUGCCCAAUAACAUGAUCCAUCAGGUGCCAAUUAAAUCACUCCCUCAAGAAUGGCUUUGGUGUGAAACGUGGUGUGACGAUGCCUCUAAGAAAAGGGCAAAAACUAUAGAUUUGUGUAAUAAUCCAAUGACCAAAGAGCCCAAGCUAGAAGCAGCAGUUCGCAUUGUCCCAGAGUGGCAAGAUUAUGAUCAGGAGAUCAAGCAACUACAGAUUCGCUUUCAGAGGGAGAAAGAAACAGGAGCACUGUACAAGGAGAAGAUGACAAAAGAACCACCCCAAGAAGGACCUCAGAAACAUGAAGAAUUAUGAUCGUCAGAGGAUAGGAGAUUGCACCAUUUGAAAAACACUUUUUAUAUUAAAAGCUAGUUUUUUCUGAUCUGUCUGUACAACUGCUGAUGAAGUGGCUGAGCAGGUGUGCCCAGAUCCUUUUGAUGCUGAGCAUUUGACUUUUGAUUCCUGCACAUUGGUGGGCUGUGGGUCUUUGAAGUUGAGGCUUUCUUGGAUUUGUACCUCAGAGGAUGGUGAGUGGCUGAUCUUUGAGUACUCUGUAAAGAGCAGUCUUCUAGCCCAAAGGGAAAAUAGCAAAGGCAGUGGGAGCAAAACAACAAACUGAAGAGCGCACAGGUACCACAUUGUCAUGGGAGCAAACCAGCGAGAGCCGCCACUCUUCGUCGCCUCUGUUGACUGGCAGCAGAGUCCAACUGCAGCCUGCAUUAUGUGCAGGAGCUUUGUCCAGCAUCUACAGCAUCUCGAGGUUUAUGCCAGUGUGCUCCUGUGCCCUUCCCGCAUUCUUCCCCUAACAUUACACCACUGUUGAAUUGAGACCCAGCCAUCAGUUUGUGUCUUCAGGAUUGGCUCAGAAUAAACAAAUUGUGGGCAUCAUAAGGGUGGUUUAGGGUGAAGGUAUGGGAAAACACCCAGGAGCAGGAGGGCUCUGGGGUGUUGCAGGGGGUGGUGAGGAAAACCAGAAAUUUGCUGUUCUUUUUUAUAAACCAUCAGCACCAUUGUGACUAAUUUGAAAUGAAAACAUUAUUUUGAUUCCCCACCCAACUUCACUGAAUAUUUUAGGUAAUUAUUUUGUAAAUAAGUUUUCUAUUUUUAAAGUAUUUGCUUUUUCUUUCCACUUUCUAAAGAAAUGUUGUUAUGGAUUUCUUUACUGGAUAUAGCCAUAGUAAGGCCUCUAGUGACACAUCGUGGAGGCUGAGGGCUACCUCUCCUCCUCUGAGGAUUUUUCUCUCUGAGACACAGGAAAGUUGGCUUUGACUUUUCUUUACAAAAGGACUCAGAUUUGAGAGCAGCAGAGGUGUGAACAGUGUAAUUCAUGUGUUUUUUUUUUUUUUUUAACACUGUUCCAUAUUUCUUUCAGCUUCAUGCUGUGGGUGGCCUUUGACUUGCAGAAAUUCAGCACUCCACCAGUCCUAACUCUACCCAGUUACAUCUUGAAGCCACGUUAGCCCUUUAGUCAUGGCUUUUUGUGUUUCUACCCAGAAUGGCCUGGAGCAAUGUGUCCUGGUGAAUGGGCAAUCCUGGAAGACUCCCAUGAGGAGUGUUCUGGUAUAUGGCUGGUCUGUGGGGUGCAAAGUUCCAGGUUGUCCCCUCACCUUCCCUGAGAAAGCAGAAGGAGUGCAGCUGCGAACUCUCAUGUUUGCCUGCUUUGUAAAAAUAGGAGGUGUGCAAAUGGACACCUAAAUCCUCACUUUUCUAAGCCAGGUAACAUUAAUCUUCAGUCUUUUAAAAAAAAAAAUCAAAGUUUUAUAACAUUUCAAACAAUUUAUUUUUUCCAUAUUCACAUGCAAAAGUUAGCUUAGGAGUCUCUCAAGCACUCUGAUGGAGCUUUUGAGCUUGCUUCUAUAAUUCCAUUAAAAAUUGGGGUGGAAAGCUCAGAAGAUUUUUAGAUAAAUUGAUCCAUGACUAAAAAAGGUCCCUCAGAAUCACUGCUGUUGACCAAGGCUGUAGCAUGAGUUCCCGCUGCCCAGCUCCUCACUGGGUCAGAGCAGAUAAAGAUAUAUAGAAUCCAUGAGAGUGAAAAAUGUUUAUGCAGCUUCAUCUUUGAGUUAUUUAAGUUUUUCUAAGUCUUCUGCUGCUGCCACUUCUGUUUACAAACAUGGGCAGAAUUGUGCAUUUCCCCAGUUUAUUUUCUGAGAGAUUGAGCAGAAAAUACCAAAGUCACUUUUUAAAUGUUGGUUCCCUUGGGACAUGAACCAGACUGCCUUUUCCUUAUGUCUUUCUGCCAGGUCUCUCGUACAUAUUUCAUGAAAGGUACAAUGUGAAAUCUGUUCUCUGUGUGGUAUGUAUGUCCUCAUGGCCCUUGUUUGUCACCACCCCAAACAAGGUCUUAUUAAUAGUGUAAUCUAAAUAUGCAAGAUCCAGCUUGCUUCUGAAAUGGCCUAGGGCCCUCCUUCACUUUCCAGUAAUUGUUGAUUCAAGUGGCAUAAACAUCUUUCAAAACUACACCCUAGGAAAUGAUGUUCCCACUAAAAUUUGGCUUUGGUCAGCUUUGUUGACUCUACUGUGUGAAAGCAAAUUGUGACCGAAAAGACAGGUAGAAGAGACUUUUUUUCCAAGAUGCAAAGAUUGAUUACGUUGAAACAUCCAAGCUUCUGGAAACUGAUCGCAAUGCAUUGUUUUUAACCACCAUUUGUAUGUAAUGUUUUUUUCUUCUCUCUCAUUAUGCCAUAAUAGAAAAUUUUCUUCCUGAAUCAGUGUCAGAAUGAUAUGAAAUAAUGUGACAUGCCAGAAUACCCAUGGGACAGUGUGACUUUUUAUGUUCCAUGAACAGUGAUUUUUGAGAUCAAAACCUAUGCACACAGCCUGCUGCUAGGGCUGUGGGUGCAUUCCUAUGUUGUGUUUUAAAACUGUACUCAAUACCGACACACUGAGAGUGAUGGCAUGUUUAUUUUUCAUAAGAUUGAUAAAGUGUUGAAUCUGUCAAAAUGGCAUUUCAAAUUGAAGCAAACAGAUGUUUGCCUACCCACUAAGUGUGCAUGCCUUGUGGUUGGCUGAUGUAUUGUGUGAACACAGCUCUUGGGAGAACAAAGAUUUUUCAUACAGAAAGAAAUGGUUUCCAAGAAUGGAGCUUAAUUUACUCUGCUGUCCUUUAAUUCCUCACAUUCUGAACCAUGUUAAAGCUUUGCCUGAGUGAACAACUUUAAUCUGGUUGUGGGGACUAACCUGGAUGAAGGGCUGAAAGCUAGGGAUGACAGUGUAGUUUUUGGAAGAGACUGGGCCCAGCGAUAGGAAGGAAGGAAGGAAAUCUCAGUUUCCUGUAGCUGGGAAUUUACUUCACUGAUGCCAUAAUUUGGAACUGGUCAGACACCACCCUCGUAGCAGUGAGUAUAAAAUGAUUCCUUUUCCCCCACAUGUCCCCUGUAAGGACUUAAAAAUGGUCCUUUUCUAAUAUUGUCAUGAAUGAUUAAUAGAAAUAAUUCAACUAAAGAGUUACAAAGGAAUAUCUAGUCCAUUUUUCUGAAUAAAAUGUUAGUACUGUGGUAUCAGAUUUCAGGGAAAUGUAAAUGUUUUGGUAGAGCCACCUAAUGGAAACUUUCUUGGUAACACAAAUGGAGGGUGCAUUGUACAAGUUAUUUAAAUUUAUAUAUCAUGUAAUUUUUAUAAUUAGUUUUUUAAAAUAUUUGAUUUUAUAAAGGGGAAAAUUUGGGGGAUAAUUAGAGUUAAUUAACUUACAUAUAGCUGUCAUGUGUCUAGUUUGGUGGGAUAAUAUUUUUAAUUUAAAUUCAUGUUUCCUCUGCCUUGAUGUGAGGAAGGAUCUCUAUCAGGACUUUGGUAAUUAUGUGAUUGAAUUCAAGCCAAUUAGACUCAUUAAGUGGAGUCAUCAUUGAUAUUUCAAAGAAUCUCUGCAGGAUACCAGUUUCUCUUUUAUUAUUUGGUCUUUGAUCUCUUGAUCUGAUACAGAAGGGACACUUCUGGGUGUCAGUGAGACAGUGCACUAGGUAAAGGAUCCCUCCCCCUCAUUUAUGCUGACAAUUUAUGAAAGCAACCACAAAGUCAGUUUUAAACAGCUGCAUGCUCUCCAGAAGUAGUUCAUAAGGUUUAAACUCUCUAGUGAUGAUUUUGCCAGCAGGAGGCCAUCUCUUGAGUCUUUCCCAAUUACUUAGCAACAAUAAAAGCCAAAUGUAGAAGAUUUAAUUAAGUAGGAUAAAAAUUAGAGUAUGAACUAAGGCAUUGCCUUACUUGUAAUGAUUUAGGUUUCCAAAGCAAUGGGCAUAAUUUCUUUUCAGAAUGAAAGUGUCAGAAUACAUUAACCUAAGGUCAACAAUUUGAGAAAAGAUUGUCAAGUACCAUGUUUUCCAAACAGUUAUCCUUGGUAAUAACAAUGUAAGCAUAGGAAAACAAAGAAAAAUGUUAGAAUUUAAAAAGAACUGUGUACCUAAAAAGAAAAUCCUUCUUGAUAAAAACUAUUCUAUUUUAUUGUCAUUCUUGUCUAUUAAAUGCAACAUAGGUUCAGGUGCUGUCCUUGCUUGGGAACAAGCAUUUGGGCUCAAAUGUCUGCAGAGCCCUCGGCACCCAAAGUGAACUGUGAAUGAAUUUCCUGCUACUGUAAUGAAAAUAAGGUCUGGUCAACACAAUAAACUUUUUUUUCUUUAAAACUGUCUGGUCAUUCAGUUUUAAGU